UUGUGUUGUAAGGGAACAUGUUCCGGCUGAAUAAACCGCAGAGAGAUUAACUGUUUCACGGCCGGAAAAUGUCUACCGUUAAAGUCACCUGGAAGUUAGACCAGAUAUUUAUUAGGAGUUAACCUGGGGUUAAUAUAAAGGGUUACCUGUUGGAAUGCCAGACCAUUGGUUAGCCUCCCUCAGCAUUCAGCUUAUUUCGCCCGGCCCCCAUUUUUCCUCUAAUAAAGAAGAGACCUAAAUGUAGUAAGGGAAUGCUUAGGAUUCGAAUUUGUGUUCCAUUUGAUCUGCAAAGGAGCAGGGUAGGCUUUCUUUAAUUUGUCUGCAGAGCUGUAGCAAUGGCGGUGGUGGUGCCCGGCUGGCUCUUUGUCUAACGCAUUUGGCGUUCUGAGCUUUAUUGAGCACUCUAGGGAAUACUUUCAAGUGAAAACCGAAAUAGAGAGCAUGGAUGCUGAAAAUUUGUCAAGGGCACAAUGCGGAGCGAAGCAUCACAGUUUUCGAAGCAAAAGCCGUCGUUCAGACGAACUCUGGGCUGGAUCUGAAGUUGUUAAUUGCACAAUCCAUGCCGAGAAUGCUUCUUCUGGAAACGUAUCGGAUGACAGCACAACUUCAAAAGAGUGUAUCUCAACUAGAUCUUCUUGGCCAGAAGAUGACUAUACCGGCAUCAACACUCCAUUUAGAAGAUCGUUCCAUGACAAUUUUCUGCAAAGCUUUUCGCCGACUCACGGGGACAAUAAAGAUCAGCUUUUCGAAUCCGGCCAACAAUCCCCUGAAACUCUAGAGUACCAGCUUGUCCGUCUAACCCUACAAUAUCACGAGCUCUCAGAGACAUACAACGAUUCCAUUACCUGUCUACGUCAAGCGGAGGCGGACAUCGACUCUCUGAUAAAACAGAAUCUUCAACUGCAAGCAUCCAAUAUGGAGAUUGUUAAACUAGUCGGUAUGUCAAUGCCUAACUAUCCCCUACAAAACUUGCCUAUUCGUGUCGAUCCUGCCACUUAUUCCGUUAUUCCCCAGCCACAGUCAUUGUCAAGUAUGUAUAACGACACCUUGCUGAAUUCCACUCCCUCCAAAGCUAGUGAAUCUUUCUCCUUCGUGCAAAGCCAUCACUUCCCGGCCCAUCACUCAAAUGGCAUAGAAGAAAGUGGGGACGCACAGCAGGCAAAGAACAGAUAUAUUAAUAUUACCAAGAGAAAUAUCAGAUCAGACAUUGUAGCUGAAAAUAGCCCCACGAGCGUCCUGGGCGUUGAAUUCAACAAUAAAUUUGGGCAUAAUGUCAAAUCAGCCUCGGUUUCAGGCAAUCUGGAUAGAGCGGCCAGCGACAAGCCGCUUGCUCGGCGUCCGACAUUGCCAAAGAGCAUUUCUAUUCGAUCACCCGGAUUUCUAGCUGCAAAAGAGGGAGCCAAAAAGUGUAAACCAGUGCCAGUCAAUUCUCCAUGCCAGCCUCAUCGACUUCGCCUAGCUGCAACAACACUUCCAGAUAUCGUUCCGGUUUCUCUGCCUUCUGGGGAAAACGACGCGGAGUACGAAGCGUACAAUCAGGGAAUGUGGAAGACAGAGCUGUGCAAUAAAUGGCAAGAUACGGGCGCCUGUCCAUACGCCGACAGAUGUCAGUUUGCGCACGGUAUCGAAGAGCUCCGUCCCGUAAUUCGGCAUCCACGUUAUAAGACGGAAUUAUGUCGAAUGGUUGCCGCCGGGGAUAAAUGUCCCUACGGCCACCGUUGUCAUUUCCGCCACGUUCUCACACGUGAGGAGAAGGCAUCUCUCAAAUAGAAAUUGCCCAGACUUGUGAAAUAUCCAAAAUUUCAAAGGACUUUAUAUAUUAUUGUCCACUCUCUAACAACCAGCAGCUCAUCUUGAAAGGUGUUCCAAAGUGCUGAUAGCAAUCGUAUUAUUAUAUCUCAUUAGACUGUGUGCUGUGUAAAGCGCCGGCAUAGGAUUUACAUUGAAGUAAAAAUAAGCUCCCCUUGCUAAAGCCUUGGUAAGGAGGCCCAGUUUAAUAUAUGAUGAAACUUCAAAUACAGGCCGUGCUUAUACACCCAUCCAUAUUUAGAUUAGUCUCCUUUAUUUUUAUAAUUUUACGGCUGCCUACGUUGAUUUGCUGUCAA